AUGAACGAAACGAUAGAAACGUCGAGACAAGCGCAUCCCUCGCUUCACGAGACACUUGUCAAGCAGUGCGUGGACACCCCGAAUAGCAGCAGUUGCAGCAGCAUAUCGUCCACGUCCAGCGGAUGCGAAAGUGACGCUGUGAGAAAGACCGAGCUGUGGGUAUCUUCGGUGUACUCUGCGAAUAGCUCGAGAACUAGAGACGCCGUUUCGGUGAACGAUCGUGCUACACGUGGCGACGGUAGAGGAGACAAGAAGGAGUUCGAGCGAGUUGAAGUGAGGAGAAAGGGUGUAAAGACGACUUUUCAGACGCUUAGGAUGCAGACGCAUCUGCGAGACAUGCAAUGGCGUCUGGGAAUCAUUCAAAAAUUGAUGCAGAAGGCGGCGCGGCAGGAUCGACUUUGCUUUUCUGCACAGGAAAUCGCUGCUGCAACAGCAGAAGGAUCUUGCAUGCCGUCGAUGGCAGUAAGAGAGGGAAAUCAUCAGCUGGCUGAUGUUCAAGCUCUGAAAGCGAACGCACAUGUCGAUGAGUCGUUAAAACUUGCUUCGGUCUCGUUAAGCGGAAGCACCGACGACGUGUCGAAUAAAAAAGUGAAUGGAAGUAGACACGAUCUUAAUAGCAGCAGCAGGAUCAUGAGUGAAGAGGGAGACACUCACGCCAGCGAAAUGAGUACGUUACAGAAUCAGGUAAAGGCCCUGCAGGCGCAGCUCCAAGAUGCGGCCGAUGAGAACCAGCACUUACAGAGCACGGUCAAACGAUUGAAGCAAGAAAAUGCUCGUCUUCAAGCUCAGGCAACAUUCCAUCCAUCUACCGAGAUCUGCGAGGACGGUAGUGGAUCGACUGUGUUGAAACACAAUCAGGAACUGGAUACAAAUGACAACAGUGGCGAUCAAAAUUCAAACAUGGCUUGCACAUCUACAGCAAUAUUUGAAGAGGUGUCCGCGUUUCAGCUAGUUAUGGUGAAAGACAUGAAAGUUCUUAGGAACCAUGAACGAUGUCAGCAUAAGCUGCACGAGUUGUGGGGUACCAUUUGGAAGCUGAAGGCAUUUGUGGAAGCGUAUGCGAUUGAACGGGAUGUCAUGAAACUCCAGCGCGACGAUGCGCUUGUCGAGGCGGAGCAUGCAGACAAUGCAAAUGUUAAAUUGGCGGGCAGCGGUAAUUUGCAGCAGAAGAUCAAGUAUUUGGAGCAACUGAAGAACGACAAUCGUACGUUAUGUCGAAAGAAUCGUGCGCUGAACAUGAGAAUUGUCAAGCAGCGAGCCGACCUCGUCCGAGUGAAGAGUGGCUGUCCACCGAUUGCGGAUGAUGUGCCAACGGUUGAUACGACAGACUCUGCAUCACUUGACGAUUUACUGCACGAGUUGGAUGAGCCCACUGUGCGCAAUGAUGAAGAGAUUCUGCGUAGCAUGCGAGAGUUCAGUCGAUUUUUGGAACAGCGUCUUGUGCGGUUACACCUGGCAAAGCGGGAGCUACAAACAAGCGACGAUGGAUCAGUUGAGGUGACAAAGUUAGAAGGUGGUACGGUAAUAGGUGAGCUGUUGGCAAUGCCAAACGCUGGUGGUGUUUAUUCGUAA